CAGAGUGUGAGACAUGCUUAUUUGACAUUUUGAAUAUUAAAACACAACCUAAAUCUUUUCCAAGUGAAAAUAUCAAUUUGUUUAGAUACAGCAAAUAAAUACAAUUUUUUAAUUCAAAAUGCCGUUUAUGAUAGGACCCGCACCGAUUCGACGCACCAAACAGUAUUUGGGCUAUGGAAAAUUGUAUCUGAAAGAUAAAAUUAAAAUAUUGAGCAUAAACUACAAUGAUAAAGGAGAUCAUCAUCAAGGUGCCCGCGACUUUGCAUUUUGGUAUGUGCCACAAAUCCAGUACAAAAAUCCAACGGUUCAAAUUCUUUCGUUGAAAAAUAUGACACCAACUCCGUUUAUUCGAUGUUUCUACGACGAUGGAAAGGAGCUUCUAAUUGAUAUGGACAGCAAGAAAAAGGAGGAAAUUCUAUCGCAUUGCUUGCAAGUGAUUGGUAAAUCCGAUGAACAAAUUUUAGCUGAAAAGAUUGCUGCACAGAAAAAGGAAAAUCCAUCAAUUUUCGGUUAUGGUUGUGAACGACCCUGUAUCUGUAUGGUUCCUGGACAAGUUCCAUGCCCUGGUGUUGUUAGAUUACCGAAUCACAUGCGACGAAAAUUCAAACAGCAAGAAGAAAAUUAAGUAGUGAAUAGUACACUGAUUUAUAAUAUGUCUGUUUAUUUGUAGAAAAUAAAGGUUAAAAACAAAAUUAUGAAA